CGAUUAAUAACAAGGACUCAAAAAUUGGGACUAAAAGUAUUAAAAGAGCAAGCUUAAACUUUAACAUUAUAACUAUUUAUAUUGGAUUUACAAUUGUCUUACGUUAUUUAAAAGUAUAGCAGUGUAAUCGAUUUAGUAUUGUCAAUGCGCGCUUCCCCACACUGCUCGAUAAGCAUAUGUUUUUCUUAUCGACAUUUGUGGUAAAUAAAAAGUGCAAAAACCGCUGCUAAAUCGGCCGAGAAGUGCAAUGAUAUAGCCGCCAUAUCUGAUAUGUCCAAGCGCAACAUAACGUACGUAAAGCCGCAAGAACCUAGUUUUCUGGCCAAGUUGAAGGCUGAAAUUGGCUACAAGGAGGGACCGACCGUAGAGACCAAGCGUCAGCGAUUGGAUCCGCAGGACCAGGAGGACUACGAUUCUGAGGAGGAUUCGCGGGAGGACGAACAGCCGCAGGUGGUCGUCCUUAGGCCGGGUGAUCUCUCCGCCGAAGAGGCCAAAACGGAGAAACUGUUGGCCUCCAAAGAAUUAGCCGAAAAGCGAGCGGAUCUGACGCAGCCAAUAGUCUUCAAACAGCGUGUCAAGCAGCCCAGCAUCGAGAAAAAAGAGUCCCAAUCUGAAACCAACAGGAAGUCCGAAAAAUCCAGCACAUCCAAGAGCAAGAAGUCCAAGGCCGCCAGUAGCAAGCUGUCCUUCAACGAGGACGAGGAGGACGAGACGCCCGAGGAUUGAAGAUCAGACCUUAGUUAUCUGGCUAUAAGUUGCACCAACCAAGUUAACCUGCAGCGAAUGAUUAAG